AGUCGCCUCGCGGCGCGUGCGACACGAACAUUGCACCAUUUAUUGAAAGCUCGAUUCUUUCGAGUGCGAUUAAUCGGUAUCGUUUCCGGGCGGGCGGUGUGACCUCGCCCUAACAUUCCAUUUUCAAAUUAUAUUCAUUAAUUUAUAAAGUGACAGUUUCUAUCGAAUAUUAAUGGUGAACACCUUCAAUUUUGGUGAGAAACAAGUGUAUUAAUGACAUUUGUAAUAAGAGCUAUUAUUUAUUUAGCCAAUGGAUUGAUUUGACAUGACAAUAGUGUUUCCUGAUAGUUUCAAACCAUUCAUUCAGUGUAAAUAUAUUUGACGUAAAGAAUAAUAGAUAAGCUGGAUAAUAAAAGAGAUCAGAUAAUAUAAUCAUAAAUAAAAAAUGCAACCUUCCACUUGCUGGAUGGAGUGCAUAAUUUAGAAAUAAACACAUGCCCCUGAUUUCGGUUUCAAAUUCGAAUCCAUUUUUCACAAUCGCAUUGAAUUUCAAAUAUGUCCUUAUAAACGUUGGAUGGUUUUAUUUUUGUGGACUAUUUCCCGGUGGACGCGAGUCGAGGUGGUUUUGUGGUGCCUAUUGUUGUCUCAACUGCACAUUACAAAACAAGGCAAUGGGUAGAAAACUUACAAACCUGAUGACACGGAUGGCCAUUCUACUGCUGUGCCAUGCAGCUGGAGUGGGACUAGCAUCACCAACAGUGCUGGUGACGAGACCUGUCUCCAGGGCACCCACGGAGCGACUUCCAACUGAUAAUCAGACAAUUUAUAGGUUAGAAGCAGGAGAAAGUAGAAAUUUGGAAUUAAAUACAUCCACAAACGCACAGUCGCCCGUUUUCAUUACGGUCAGUCCCUGCACAAGGGAUUUCCGGUGGGCAGUUUACCGCAGUAUGGCGCAUAUUAUUAAUGGUCCUGUAUCUUUGUUAAAACAAUUUAACGAUGGGGAGUCGAACACGUUAGCAGUAUUUAUUUCGAAGCAAGAGAGAUACUUUAUACAGCUUUCAUCCUUAAGAGGUGGAACAGUAGCAGUGAGUGUCAGAGGAGAAGUGCCAAGAACUGUCCGCAUCAGACUCCGUAUCAGAUCCAGGCGAAGACUUGCCGCCAAUUGGGAUCCCAGUCCUAUAGACCCCCAAUCAACAACAUACUGCGUGGUUGCAUCACACGUCAGAAAUUAUACAUCAUUAUGUGCAGCUCUAUUCGAUGCCAAAACCAACCGACUGGAUAACAAAUCAAACCGAUUCAACCCUGAGUUGGAUCGCAUGAAUUUCGAGAUUCAAGGAUUGACUUCACAGACAGAUCGUAGGAACAAUACCAACAGUUACGUCUUAACUGAGGUUGAUAAUAAAAUUGAAGUGGAAACUGAUAUUAAUUCAUCAUUUGGAUCAUACGAGGGCAAUUUUAAGAGCAUUUAUAGAAGAAAGAAAUAUGGACGUAGCACAAAGGUGACGAAUGAAGAUCCGGUGAUUGCCUGCGUUGGUGACAGAACUCAUCAUCUGAUGGAAAACUUGGAUCCUAGCAGAACUUACUUCGUAAGUGUGUUUGGUGUCGCCAGAGAUCGUCGAGCUGGCUCCCUUUUGGCUAGUGGAAGCGUUCGCCCGCGAACAUCUACAGCCAAGCGGCUUAGAGAAAAUGUACCUUAUCGCUCUGAUAUUAGGACGAAAACUGUUUAUUAUUUUAAGGCUACUAUAGGAACUGGUGGAGGCCUGUGGUUAACUCUAUCAACCUGUGGUGGAGCAAUUGACGUCGAAGUUUUAGUGAGAGGGAAAAGAUUGUAUACAGCAAAAAAUAUAGAAUACCAUUCAAAAUUCUUCGUUCCAGUACCAAUACCAACCUCGUCAAUACAGGAGACGAGUGAUGAAGGUUCAGUGCAGUUUGACUCCAGUUCAGAGGAAGCGAGAAUGAGAUACGUCAUCAAAGUGGUGCCAAACCGGCGGGACAGAGAUGGCAGCAUUAGUGUGGAGAUUGCAGCUUCCACAACAAGAUGGGGUAUAAAUAUUCCAGAAUUGUCUGAAGACGCCGCCAUAGUGCGAGAACUGAGACCGAAGAGAUCAUGCAGAUCCAUUGAUAUUGCGUUUUUGCCGGCCACUCAUAAUGCUACUGAUGUCAUUAGAUAUUGUACAGUCGUCAGAGAAAGUGUAAAUGGUGAACUCUACACAUGUGCCAUAUCAAGAAAGUCGUAUGUGAAGACACAAUGUAUAAACCAUACACUGCCAUUGUCGUCAAAAGUAAUAAAGCAGAAGAUAAAUGGACUUAAGUCUGGUAGAAAAUACGCAAUACAGGUGACUGCAGCGAGUAAAGGAAACACCGUGCCUUAUAACGUACUAUACGUAGACACUAACGUAUCAUGCAAAGAGGAACAUUAAAUUGUAGAAAACAACGAUAAAAAAUUAAUAAAUGUAUAAAGAAUUCUUCAGCACAGUGUUCAUCAAAAGAAAUUAUUAAUAAUGAUAACUGAGACAACUCACACAACUCACACAGCGUCAUCUUAUCUGGUUC